UAUAGAGACUAAUUUUUUUUUUAAUAACUAAAUUCUAAUUUGACUUUUUUGUUAUUGUUAUUGUUAUUAUAUAUGUGGGUAGAUGUCAAUUUAUAAUCCUCAACUUUGAAAUUAUGUAAAUUAAAUUUUGAACAAUAAUCAUAUCAAUUUAAAAGGCAAAGUGAACUUAGAUCAACGAUAAUUGACAUGACCUAUUUUCUUAAAAGUGAAAGGUUUGAUCUCUUAUCCAUGCAAUUGUAUAGUACCUGAAAAAAAAUUAACCAUAAUCUUUAAAGACUUAAUCAAUUUAGACAAAUUUUUAGUGAUUUGUAUCAAUUUCACUUGAUUCCAUUUAAAAUUUUCUCAAAAUUACUUAAAUAAGAUGGUUUUUGAGAUGAACAUAUGAAAAGUUACUGUAUCUAUUUAUUAUUAUGUAUUUAAUCUCGAAGUUAGAGGUUGAAUUCUCCCUCCAAUAUAUUGUAAAAAAAAAAAAAAAAUCGUUAGAAGUAACGCAUUAGGGUAUUUAAAAUAAAAAUUUAAUGAAAAUUGAUUUAAAUUCGGAUUUUAAUGGUGUGGAUUGAUAUUUUUCUUUUGUGUGUGUUUUUGCUGGUGUUUUGGAAGUUGAGCCAAUCCUCUUGACCAAUAUACUUUCAACUUUCAAGACUGUUUUUAGUAUGCUUUCUAAAAAAUUAUUGAAACCUAAACCAAUACACUAUUGAUCAUAGAGUUAUUCACCAACUCCAUUUCAUCCACUCCCAUUUCUUCAGCUUAUUCUCUUUCAUACAUAUAUAUAUACAAUCUCACAUAUAUUACCCUCAAACCCAUCAUCAACAUUACCAAAAACAAAAGCUCUAUUACCUCUAAUUCCUUCAACUUCCUCUCAUGGAAUUUCCCAAAGUUCUUCCUUUCUCAACUAAACCUAUUCCCUGCCUUCUUCUCCUCUGCUUCAUGUGUUUCUCUGCCAACUCGGCCCGACUUCUCGAUGAGCAGCCACAAGUCCCGGUUGCUACUCCGGCAGCCUCGAGUGUUGUCGGGACGCCUGUUGGUAAUCUCGGGGCAGGAACUCCUACUACUACACCUUCAACAACUCUACCUAACUCAGCUGGAAACUUGGGGCAAGGAGCUACUACACCUUCAGCAACUCUACCUAGUUCAGGUGGAAUUGAAGAUUACCAUCAUACAUUUACCUUCUUCAUGCACGACAUCCUCGGUGGUUCGAAUCCCUCGGCUCGGGCCGUUACCGGGGCAGUUAACAAUCCAGCUCUUAAUGGCCAACUUCCAUUUGCUAAACCAAAUGGAGCAGUUUUAUCAGUUGGAAAUAAUGUUCCUCAAAGUAAUGGAAAUAGUGGUCUAAUUAACAACAACAACCUCCCCUUUCUAAUUGGCCUUGGUGGAGCUGCAUCCCCUUUGUUGCAAAACAGCAAUGGUGGUGGAAACAACGGUCAGCUCGGUUUUCCAUCUGUUAAUGCUGGGCAGCUCCCAUCCGGAGUGUCGAUACAACAACUCAUGUUCGGGACGAUGACGGUGAUCGACGACGAGCUCACGGAAGGACACGAGUUGGGUUCUGGCUUGAUUGGAAAAGCACAAGGGUUUUACAUUGUGAGCUCGGAAGAUGGGAACAGUCAAACAAUGGCAUUCACAACAAUGUUUGAGAGCGGCCAUUACGUCGACAGCUUGAGCUUCUUCGGCGUUCAUCGGACGGCCGUGUCGGAGUCUCAUUUGGCAAUCAUGGGAGGCACAGGGAAAUAUGUAAAUGCAAAAGGGUAUGCUAAUGUGAAGACUCUUCCAGGAACCAACCAACAUGAAACUGAUGGUGUAGAGACUUUGCUGCAAAUCACUGUUUACAUCAGUUACUAAAAUUAAGUGUUGUUUUUAUCAUUGAGUGAAAUUAUGUUUAAAUUCUCUGUUUGUUUAUGAAUAUAUGGUUUGCAAUGAAAGCUUAUAUAUUUAUCA